CCCGUUUACUCCACGCGAGCUAAUUAAUGUAGGCCACCGCAUGUAUCGCCUCAGCUAUUCACUUUCAAGUAGUCUACUCUACAUUCUGAUCUUCUGGAGAUCUCGACCGCGCAGCCCUAAAACAGCACUUCAUGCAUCGUGUUUGAAACUUUCUCCGCGUCUUGGAUUCCGUAAGGGCGCACAUCACGGACAAUUUUACGAAUUAUGGCGAUCUUCGCACGGCGUCUCUGGCCAGUCGUGUACUGCUCCAGCACCGAUGUCAAUCUUUUUUGGCCCGCAUCAUGAGCUCAAUAACGAGCUAGUGGGCACCAUGCAGGAUCAGAAGCCUGCCAGCAUCUUGCGGCGAGCCGCUGCAGCUCUUCUAUUACACGUUCGCUAUUUGCAUCCGGACCUUCUAUUCAUCGUACAGCCUCGUUGGCAAAUGGGUCGUUUUUCAAACACGAUUCUCCACGGAGCUGAAGCCCUUUGCGGGGAAGUCGUACCAAGUCGUCGGGUGCCGCUGGUCAGGCCAACGGUGGGAUAGGCUGCGCUGUCGCGCCAAAGUUUCAACAUUCUGCCACAAUAAAUGAACGUUGUUUUGAAGAGCGGUACUUUCUCAUUUCAAGGAUAUCUGUGUGCCGCACACGCC